CUGUGACGGCCCAACAUUCUAUGUGCAGAAACUCCUACAGAUCUCCUGAAUACAACAUGAUUUUUCAGGCCCUUUUUGAGUGCAUGGAUCUUCCAAGUUGGCUGCUGUUUGGUUUUGGAAUUCUACUUUUAUUGGAUCUGAUCAGAAACCGGAGACCUCAGAACUUCCCGCCAGGACCCUGGGCUCUGCCUUUUCUUGGAAAUGUCUUCACCGGAGUUGACUUCAAAACAAUGGAGAAGGUCAGCUUUCUGAGCAGUACGGCCCAGUGUUCAGCCUGAGGAGAGGCAGUGAGAGGAUGGUGUAUAUUUCCGGAUAUAAAAUGGUCAAAGAGGCUCUUGUUAACCAGCUGGACAGUUUCAUAGAUCGACCUAUUAUCCCUCUCUUCCAUGCUACCUUCAAGGGCCUUGGCAUAGCUUUGAGCAAUGGUUAUCUGUGGAAGAAGCAGAGAAAGUUUGCAAAUACUCACCUGCGUUACUUUGGAGAGGGCCAAAAGUCAUUGGAAAAAUAUACGGAAGUUGAAAGUAACUUCCUUUGUGAGGCCUUCAAAGACGAACAAGGUCAACCGUUCAACCCCCACUACAUCAUAACUAUGGCAGUGAGUAACAUCAUCUCCUCUGUUGUGUUCGGACAUCGGUUUGAGUACACUGAUGCAAGUUUUCGGAAGAUUCUGGAGUUGGACAACGACGCCAUUGUGUUGGCGGGCUCAGCGGUGACUCAGCUGUAUGAUGCCUUUCCUGGCAUCCUGACGUACCUGCCAGGACCCCACCAGACCGUCCACGCUAACUAUCGUCAGAUCACAGAGUUCCUGAAAAAAGAAAUAGAAAAGCACCAGGAGGAGUGGAACCCUGAUGACCCUCGUGAUUUUAUUGAUGUUUACCUUGAUGAGAUAGAGAAAAAGAGGGGGGAUCCUGAGGCCGGCUUCCGCAUAGACACCCUGCUGGUCAGCACCCUCGACCUCAUAGAGGCCGGGACAGAAUCAGCAGCAAACACGUUACGCUGGGCCCUUGUGUACAUGAUGCACUACCCAGAGAUACAGGAGAAAGUGCAGGCAGAGAUCGACAGGGUGAUUGGACAGUGUCGUCAGCCCACUCAGGCAGACAGAGUCAACCUGCCCUACACAGACGCUGUCAUCCAUGAGUGUCAAAGAAUGGGAAACAUUGUUCCUCUGGGAUUUCCCAAAAUGGCCAGUAAAGAUGCCACACUGGGGGGAUACUUUAUACCCAAGGGCACAAGUAUUACCACAAACCUUGCAUCAGUGCUGUUUGAUAAGAAUGAGUGGGAGACUCCAAACACCUUCAACCCUGGGCAUUUUCUGGAUUCAGAGGGACGGUUUCGCAGACGAGAGGCCUUCUUACCAUUUUCAGCAGGUAAACGGGUGUGCAUCGGAGAGCAUCUGGCUAAAAUGGAGCUGUUUGUUUUCUUUACAUCUCUACUUCAGUGUUUCACUUUCUCUCCUGUUCCUGGUGAAAUUCCCAGUUUGGAGGGUGUACUGGGCUUCACCUACUCCCCUGAAGAGUUCAGGAUACUGGCUGUGCCCCGCUGAUGCUCUUCAUCUGUUAGGCUCUUUUUCCUCGACUCUACAUUGUUACAUAAGACCAUGAUUAUGUUGGAAAAUCUGUGUAAGACAAACAAAGCAUAAAGUACUGGCAUUGCUAUGAGUCCUUCUGUUUUGGUAGAAAUGGAAAAACUUCUCAUUCUACGCAGAAAUUCAGUUUGAGCAUUUGGGUUGUUAAUGAGUUUUCUUUGUCAAAUGUAAGAAGCAAGAUUCAAGACCUUUAUUUUUCCCUGGGGGCCAAGUGCUUCUGCUGCAGUAGCAAUUAAAACAGCAACAAUUUCACAACAACAAAUAGCAAUGACAAAACAAAGUGCGACACAAGAUGACAAUCACAUCAAAAUUGGUGGUGCAAAAAAAACACUUACUUAAAUAAGCUUUAAUGCAUCUGUUUUUAGAUUGUUUAAUUAUCCAAACAAUGGUUUGUGUUCUCAACAUGCUGCAGCAGAUCACACUGACACAGAAAACAGGUGAGAGUUGAAGGUCCGCCCUUCGCUUUUAUAUUCAGAGCUCCUGAGCGGUAUCGGACAUGCUGUAGUCAUUGUGCGACGAUUUCAGUGAUAAGACUAAAAACAACAAUCUUGACUUGUUGAACAGGUUCCUGUCUUUACUGUUUUGUUUUCGUCUUUCUUUUUGCAUUUGAGACUUCAACAAAUGUUUAUAUUACACCACUUAGGUUAACAUUUAAUGACAGAAAAGUAUUGUUAUUCUUGAUCCAAAAGACAAAAAAAAAAAAAAAUUAAAAGAAUUUUGGUUGUUUAUCACUUGCUUAAUGACAAAGAAUUGCUUGUAGAGUUGAGGAGUUAAAACCAGAUGUUAUUAAGGACCCUCACACAAAUAUACAAUAAUUAAAAAGAUGGAGGUGAGGCAUCACACUGUGUUUAUUACUGAUACUGAAUCAUCUUAUGACUGUGGCCUUUGAUACUGGGUCAAAUGUAAGUAACACGAAUUGCAUGAGGUUGUGUAACUAUCCAAACACAUCUGUAAUAUCUCUGUGAAUAUUGAACAAGUAUGUUUCUGAAUAUAUGUAUUAAUCUCCUGACAAUUACAUUUAA